CUUUCGUAGUUUGUGGUGUGCACUGCUACAAACGACACAGUUCGGUUUCCGGGCCGGCCGCAUCUCUGGAACACUAGUGCGUUGCGUUGCGCCAUAUCCAAACAGCUGGACGUGUGCUGGAUUACAAGUCGCGUCGUCGAUCGGGAGCAAUUAAUCAUAGCCCCAUCAUCGAGGGACGAUACUCGGGAAUACAACCGCCGCCAAACGAGUGACACCCAUCAGCGGAAGCAAAGGGUGCGACAACAGUGUGGGCAGAGUGCAGGAGUGUGUUUGCGUGUUUAGUGUGGGUGGUCAGUCGGCCGCGCAGUUCAAGCUCUGGGUUCGACUCCCACGCGGUAGUGACACUGUACGUGACGGGUACGGAAGAGGUCACGCGGAGAAGUGACAGAAGUGUAGCAGUCAAGUGACCUUUCCCGUUGGAAUUGCACGUGUUUUGAGUGCUUGCUCCUAAUGAGAUAACACGCGUGACUGAGUGAUGCCGUUCUGAGUCGUAUUUACGGGAUGAAAUAUUUAUAAUGACAAUUAUUGUUGUCGCAACGAAUAUGGAUUAAGCUGUGUUCUACUCUACGGAAAAGUAGUAGAUACCGCCCGACAAAGUUCAGAACACUGUGCCGUAUUGGAGUGUUUGUGUAGUAGAUGAAAAAAAGUGGAUGAAGAAGAAAACAAAUAGUGAACAACUGAGCGGGUUAGUAGUGUGUAUGUUUGCGCCGGUGUCUAUGCGCAAUAUUAUUCAUGAGUUGUGUCGUUGAGGGAAGACCAGCCAGAGAGAGAGAGAGAGAGAGAGAGGAAAAAAGAAAAAAAAAUAAUACGAUCAGCUAGGCACUCUGUGACAUUUUGACUUAAGUCACUUGAAAUGUCAAACCAUUUAUAAGUUUAAAUGUUACAUCGCUCGGGUUUUCGUUGAAUGAGCUGUGAGCGGUCUACUAAUACAGCUACUACCUACGGUUACUACAUUAACGUGCGAUACGGGGCGGUGAUGGCACUCGAAGUUUCAGUCCGUACUUUGAAAAUGAGAACAACACGGAACGAAGCGCUCGGAUGGUAGACAGACAAGCGACCGACGGACGGCGGCAGCUGAAAUUAAUAUCUCUGGAGAUCCGUUUACCAAUCGGAAAAUCGACGUGCUGGUGUAUAUGUGAGUGUGUAUUUGCGUGCGUGUAUUUACCGACCGCCUCUGGUGACAUAUCCGGUGAUGGACAGCGAUCAUAAUAACAAUAACCAAGUACUACACCAAAUGAGUGCUACCUGGCUGGUGACGACCGUCGGUGAUAAAAUGUAAAAGUUGAGUUUUUAUUAUCAAUGCAUGAUCGUUUGGCACAGUGUGCAGGUGAUUCGCUGUUUUGGCAAUAAUCGGAUUUUGUUGGUGGAAAACUUUACUGCCUCCGACGUAUGCAAGGAAUACCCAAUAAGUUCUCGAAGCAAAGCGUAUCGUAACAAGCCUUUUUGAGGACGUGCUAAAACCAUUUAAAUGUGAACAUCGUUCCUCACCGGGACCACGUGCUUGAAAACAAUCUUACUCCGAUAGUUUAGUCCAGAAGUAUAACCAAACCAAAAGGUUAGAGAAGAAAACCCUACAGAAGUGAUAAAACUGUGUCUUAUUUACCCAAAACAACUGAUAAGAACCUCACCUUCUCGCCAUGCAGUCAGUUUGGCAGUGAAGUAGCCAUCACCGUUUCUUGCUGGUCUAUUUACACUGGGUGCCUCGUGUCGGAAGAAAACUAAUUACCUAUAUCGUCGAAGUCACGUACUUACUUAGGCUUACUUAUCGCUGCAGCAGAGUGAACCUGCUCGCUUCUUCCGUCCUCGUGACCGGUGUGACUAGUGAGCAGUCAAAGGGUAACGCAGUAAAAUAGUGAUUGGUCUUAUCAACGCUUCCAAGCAGUUUUUAGUACUGGAGUACCGAAGUUUAGUGCUGAUAGUUUGAUGUGGUUGGAUUUAGUCGGUGGAGUUGCCGUCGAAUGCUGCGGCGAUUUUUCGGGACAGCCCCGAUGAGAUCAUGAGGGAAGUGGACUCGUCGGAGACAUCGGUAGUAUGGCCAGCUUGGUGUUACUCAGGAGAAACAGUUAAUGAAGAUUUACCACAAGCAACCCCAGCGAGCUUACUGCAUCACCACCACCAACAUCAACAGCAGCAGCAGCAGCAACAGCAGCAACAGCAACAACAGCAACGAUUCCAACUCCAACAGCAAUCGUCAUCAAAUCAAUCACAGCCGUCGUCGUCGUCAUCAUCAGCGUCCUCGUCGCCCUCGUCGUCGCUAUCGCACUUGGUGGCGGUGCAAGGUGCUGGCAAGUUGUCGACUCGUCGCCGUAGCUCCGGUGGCAAAAGAAAAUCAAUCACCUCGUCGACCUCCCCGGGACCUCAGACCGCUCUGACGGCCGCACUGGGUGCAAGUUCGGUGGCAGCCCUGGCGACGGCAGCGGCAGCAGCAGCGGCGGCGGCUUUCCAAGCGUCGCCCAGAAGAUCGUCGAAUCCUCCCACCCCCACCUCGACCGGUUUGCAGCUGGCACUGUCGGAAAACGGAAACGGCUGUCGGCGGGGGUCACCUUCUUCCAAUCCAUCGACUCCCACCCAUGACGACGGUGGUCAUUAUUCGCCGCUUAACAAUAACAACAACAUACACAGCAGUAACUUCAACAGUCAGGUCGCCGCGCUGCAAUCCUUAGACAAGAUGCUGAGCGAGCGGAUGUACGAUCGGAAGAAGUUUCUCAACUCGCCGACUGCUGGAUCUGCAGCGGCAGCGGCGGCGGCGGCGGUCGCGGCCAGUUCCUUCUACGAAAAACUCCGCAAUGGAGCGGCCGAGAUGGAGCUGAGUCAGCUGAACCUUAUCAAAAACGGCCAAUCUGCGCUGGCCGCCAGUGAUCUUAGUGCAAUCGGUAGCAAUAAUGGCAAUAGUGGUAAUAGUGCGAACGGAGGUGGACUGCUGGUCACGGCUAACGGUACCAACAGCAGCAGUAGCAGUAGUGGUGGUAUUAGUGGCAGCAAUAGUGCAUCGGUGGCCGAUGGCAAUAGUGGCAAUAGUUUGAGUAAUAGUAACAACCAAAAUAGUAGUAACGUCAACAAUACUAGCAGUAGUAGCAGCACCGGCAGCAUUGGCAACAAUAGCAAUAAUAAUAGUAUUAAGAGCGAGCGGUUCAGCCCCAACAACAACGAUGUGCAAUCGACGGCUUCCAGAUCACGAAGUGUGACACCUUCGUCGUUUUCCGGGACACCACCGCAGACAAUGCACGCCACGGAUGUGGCCUUCCAGAGCAGUAUUCCGACCAGUGGGUUACUUCCGUCCCCCAACUCGGCCAUGGCUGGAGGCCGACACGAGUUCCAGGCCCGCAACUAUUCCGACAUCAUGCGUAGCUUAGCGGCCAAGUACCACAACAACAACAACAACAACAACAACCCCAGCAGCAACGACCAAUCGAGUGUGAAAAAUCCCUUUCUAGAGCCAAAAAUGCGAAUAAAUCAGCCAAAAUCUUUCACCGACAACUCCCUACUAGGCAGUAAGAAAAGCAGUCCAAUUACCUCCACUCAAGUACCUAAUCCAAGUAUUAUGUCUUCGUUAUUUCCGGGUCUUCCAUUCCAGUCGACGGUGUUUCCACCGUUGAUUGACAUGAGCAGUACCCAGGCUCUCGUUGCACUGGCCCGCGCCGCCAAAGAAUCCGGUAUCCACAAUCUCCUCAAGCCGGAAGAAGGAGGCCUGAAAAAGCCUUCGGCUGGAUCUCGGAGCUGCUCGCCUUCCUCGCUGGGAGCAUCCCUGGCGAACCAUUUUCCGUCACCUUUUCCACCACGGUACCUGCCCGGGAUACUUCCGAACCACCUGGCCGCCAGCUAUCCGACGGCUCAACCGACGACCACGGCCGUCCCUGCGAUCUCACCGCUCAAGUCACCCACCCGACCAACGGAGGGCCUCUCCACAUUCCCACUGGAUCUGAGCAGCGCCGCUGGCUGUGCACCGUCGGCGGCCAAACGGAUAAAGCUGUCGCCGACGCCGAGCCGAAAUCAGGAAACCUCACCGGCACCGAGCUCCACCAACAGUCAACCGUCCGAUUCGCUGGACCUGAAGCCGGGUGUGGCACGGAAGUGUCACGCCCGGAUCGAGGAAAUCAGCGCCUGGACGGUGGACAACGUGUGCGACUUUGUCGGCAGCAUCGACAUCUGCGCCGAGUAUAUGCAGAACUUUCGUGACCAGAGCAUCGACGGUGCUGGGCUGCCGCUGCUAACCGAGGAACACCUGACAAAUUCGCUCGGCAUGAAACUGGGGCCGGCUCUGAAGCUGAAAUCGAUGCUGGCCAAGAAACUGGGUGGUCCAUGUCCGUGUGCCCUGUGUGCCGCUCCCACCCCCACCAGGAGCAGCAGCAAGGGGGACACCACGCCGACCAAUCGACCACCGAGUAACGGUUCCGUUGGAUAAAUCCGGCAAACGAUUUCUGAAUUUUGAAUGCACAUCAACACAUAAAUCCAGACCAGUGAUUGAUUUCCAAUAAUAACAAGAAAAAGAAGCAAAUGCUAAAUUAAGAGGUAGCGUUUAACACUGCCCGCAAUGCAUACGUACUUAGGCAGAGCCGUUUCUGCUGACAAAUCGAUUGAGACGACAGAAAA